CAAGUUCAUAUUCCAUUUCUAACAUAAAAAUGGUCUAUUGGAUAAAUGUUAAUUAGGAUUAAUUUAAAUUUCCUUAUAAAACUAUUUUAAUUCUAAUUUUAAUCUAUGUUAGCGAAGGUUUUUUUUACCUGUCCAUUCUCAGUUUGUUCAAUCCCAGUUUACCUCUCUAUUCCCAUUUUACCUGUCCAUUUUGUUGCACCGUUUUUACCUUAUGACAGACAUCAAGUAUUUUACAAUGUUAAUAAAAGAUUAAUUUAGAGGAUAGUUAUUUUUUUCAGGGUCCCUACAAAAAUUAUAUAUAUGAUUCAACCAUCAUUGAAAGAUAUAGAACUGAAAAAAAUAUUACAAUAUUUUUAGUGACAUGGAAUAUGUGCAGCUCUAUAGAUGCACUAGAUCCUAAAUGUGCUAGAAAUAUCUUGUUUCCGCCAAAGCCAUUUUGUCAUCAUGAUAUAUAUCUAGUUGGUACCCAAGAAACAAUUUUUAAUAACUCACGAAAAAAAUGCUGAAAUCAGGAUAAAGAAUUACUCCCAUACUAUAGAACGACUCAAGAUGAGAUCGGCAUUCAAAUUAUUACCUUUUUGCAAGAGACGUCGAAAAAAUACUGGUCGUGAUGUGACUGAAAUCUAUGACAAUAUAUUUUGGUUCGGCGAUUUCAAUUUUCGGCUGGAGGAUACGACCGAACCUACUAUACGGCGCAAGAUUGAGGAGAAGCAGAAGAUAGAACGUUACAGUUUCAGUUCCGUUGUAGCCUUCGACCAACUUCACCGUAUCAUGAAUCGAGGAAUUCUUUUUCGUGGAUUUAGAGAAUCACCUAUAACCUUUCCACCAACCUACAAAUACGAUAUUGGAACUGACACUUAUGACACAUCUCAUAAAAAUCGCGUUCCUUCAUAUACUGACCGGAUCUUGUACAAAUUUAAAAUAAGUAACGACAAAAAUGUUCAACCUGUUAACUGUUUAUUAUAUGACCACGUAGGUCUUGUUAAAUGUUCCGACCACAAACCAGUUCGCGGCGUUUUUUCUACCCAAAUAUUUGCCUCACUUGAGUUAAAAAACAGCAACAAUCAAUCCUUUUACGGACGCAUUUAUGAAUUUGGUAACAAAAAGUUAAAUCCGCUCUCAUUAUUGAAGGAUUUUUCUCAAAAUUUGCUUAAAACUAUUUGAAUAUUGUAUAUUGUUUUAUUAUGUACUAUAUGUAAAUAUAACUUGCGCGA